AUGGAACAUUCAAAGAAGAGAAAUAAAUCAUCAAACAUUAAACUUACUAAUCAAACAAUUCAUUUUUUUAAAAAAAACCUAUCCACCUGUGUAAAACACAGUGACCAAAGGGGAAAAAAUGGAGUAAAAAUGCAAACCAUUAUUGGUCAUUAGGAUUAAUGGUUGCUGCAAUAUGAUUUUGAUAAUAGUUAGAGCCAGGAAACAUUUCUUGACAUCUUUAUAGAAAGUAAUAUUGUAUCUCAACUUUGA